AUGGAAGUAGAAGUGAAAAGGCGAAAAUUUACAACAUGUAUGGUUGACAUCCUUCCGUCAGAAGUGUUGGCGACCAUUCUAAGUUUCGUUGCUAAGUCAUCUCCUGCUGAUUUAUUUCGGUGCAAAUUAAGUUGUAAAAGACUACGACGGAUAGCCGAAGAAAAAGGGGUCCUUCAACAAAUUCACCUCCGUUGGAUUAAAGCACGAAUAUCGUGGCCACACCGACAAGCGGCGGAGAAGUUCUUCAUGAAGUGCGUGGAGAAUGAACAUCCUGAAGCUCUGCUUGAGUUUGGAUUUCGACAAUACUUCAACACCCUGGUGGUAGACGAAGGUUUGACGAUGUUGGAAAGAGCAACGGAGUUGCAGAAUUCAGUGGCAGCAUAUGUAGUAAGCCUCAUAUACAUAUACACCGGAGAAGAAGAAAGGGGUGUUAAGCUUUUGGAGAACACUAUUAACAGCAUCGGAUCUGCAGGGAUAGUCUAG